UGAGGCUGCACCAGGAGCAUCUUCGUCAUUCCUUCAUCAUCCUCCAUGUGACGGCGGAAGACUCGACGCAUCCUUCACGUGUUCAUCGUCUCCUCGGAGCCUUACUUUCUUCUUCUUUUUCGCUAAACUCGCUCCUUCGUCACAAGUCAUGAAUCCCUACGGAAACACAAGACCACUUACAUUUCUACCCUCUGACCCUCACGACACUUCCCAUAAUGCACCUCUGUCGGCCUCCCCGGCGGCCGUCCAGACGGGUCACAGGUCCUCGUCGUUUCUGAGCCUUAACUCCGCUCACUAUCGGACCUCGUCGGACCAAGACGGAGGACUCGACCUGGUCCCUCCAGACUCGGGCUCCCUCUUCAGAUCCUGGUCUCAGCCCAGCCUCGUUUCAGUCUCGUCUCCCACGCCGAACCCUUACCCCUCCACCACCGUCGCCGCCACCCCCCCCACCUGCCACGUCUCCGUCAUAUUCCCGUCCCCGGACCUCCGCCCGUCCCCUCUCGGUGCGACUCAGUGCGCCGAGGUCGACCCUCCGGACCUGGAGUGCUCCAUCUGCUUCAGCCAGUUCAACAACGUCUUCCGCUGUCCCAAGAUGCUCCAGUGCAAGCACACCUUCUGCCUGGAGUGCCUGGCGCGCAUCAACGUCAAGUCGGCCGAGCCCGACGCCAUCCGGUGCCCGCUGUGCCGCAGCCACACCGCGCUGCCGGCCCUCGGGCUGCCGAGGCUCGCCACCAACUCGGACAUGCUGUCCUACCUGCCGGCCGCCAUGCAGAGAGUCUACAGCAUCCGCUUCCUGCGCAACAAGGGGAAGCUGCAGGUCAAAAGGUCGUCUGAAGGUCGUGAGCGGUGGAUUCAGAGGUCGUUGUCCUCUCUGCGGUCGGAGAGAGGCUCUCUGGACGUGGGGCUCCCCACCCUUCCCCCAGGGGCCGGCGGCAGUGCGGGCAGCGACGGCGGCCUCGGUGAAGCUCUGUUCCGGCUGACGGGUCGGCCGGCGUGCCGCUUCUUCCUCCUGACGUCCGUGGUGCUGAUGCUGGUGCUGCUCACGGGCAUCAUCGUCUUCCUCUUCGUCUUCCCAAACUAGUGAGUGAGGUCACGUCCCCUCUGCUUCUUUUAUCUUUUUUAUUUCUGUGGCAGAGAAAAAAACGGUAAAAACUCCACCGCCUGGAUGCAGUUGAUGAGCAACAUCUGUCCCAGUGCUGGUUGGAGGAUCCAGAUGUGCUAAACGGUUACAUGACCAGUCAGACGGCACUGUGACGUAGUCGACUGACUCUCUGGCAGAAGCUUCAAAUACAAGUUGUUGUUUUUUUUGGGGGGGGAAAAUGCACAAAAUCACCGCUUUUUAACGUCUCGAGUUUCAUGUUGCAAAGAAGACGGUUUAAGUAAAACAAGAUGGCCGAUGAGCUGAAGCGUAGACGUGUUGUACGACUAAGUAAAAGAUCAAUGGAGGGUUUGUGAUGUUACAAGCUCGAAGUCUCUGUUGGCUGAAACAUGAACGUAGUUUCCUUUUGGGACAUAAAAUCUGUAUUUAAACAUCCUGUUACUGACCUAAAAUAAUAUCAAUAAUAAUAUCUAUAAACUCGUCAUACUGUUUAACCUUUCAGCACUUUAACAAGAGAAACCCAGCGGCUGAAUGUUACCUGUUGAUGUGUAUUGUUGUUGCUGUGAAACAGGAAGUAUGCAAAUAUCAGCUGAGCGUGACGCACACAGACGCUCGGCUACAGGAACUCUCAGCGGAUAGAUCUGGUUUCAGACGUCCUGGUUUUUCAGGCGAAGGUUAAAUAUGAAUUCUCAGAAAACUUUCGGUUAAUCUUUCCUCACUAGGAAGUAGUUCCUUCUGUUGGUUUAUACAUCUGUCUGUAAACAGCUGUUACAGUUUAUUUAUUAAAUGUUUUUUUUUUAGUAUUUGUGUGGAGGCAGAAAUCAGAUGAUGAUCUAAUAACCUGGAGGAAUAACGGCUAAACUAUGAGAGGAAGUGUUUUAACAGGACAGUCAUGAGUUUGUUCUUUUCCCCAAAAAACACUUUGACUUGCAAAUGAAACCAGAGAUUCAACCAGUGAAAUAUGAAUCUCAAAAGAUUAUUCCUUCAAGAGGGAAAUACAUUUUAAUAUGAUGUUCAUACUUUGUUCUUUUAAAGCUCUGACCCGUUUUACUUCCACAUGUGAAAUAAAUCAUUUUUAUAUAUUUAUACUAAAGUUUUAGCAAAGCUUUCACUGUCGCUGUGUUUCACUUAAAUAAAUUCCUUUUUGAAUUGUU